UUUGAUAAAUUUUCAAUAGGAAAUUUAGUGCUGUUAAAUGUUGUUCAGGAAGAUGAAGGUACAUAUAUUUGUCAUGCUUUUAAUGGUAUUGGAGAAAGAAUAUCUGCAUCUACAAAUAUAUAUAUUCAUGAAAUACCUCAUUUAUUAAGUUCACCCGAUGACAAACAGAUCAUAAAGGGUGAAAACAUAACUGUGGAAUGUAUUGCUAAAGGUUACCCCAAACCUCAUAUUGAAUGGUUUCAUAAUGGCAAAAAACUUGUGACAAACAGUCGGAUCCAUGUAAAAGGAGGAUUACUAAACAUAAAGAAAUCUUUACUAAAAGAUUCAGGAAUUUAUCAGUGCUUUGCAAUAAAUGCUUUGGGAUCGACCUACGGAGUAUUUGUUAUCGAUAUUCACGAUACCUCAAAAAUAUCAAGAGACUGGGGGAGUGACGAGGAAACAGAGGAAGAGGAAGAGGAAAUGUAUGAUGGCCACAAUGCAUUUCAAGAUUUUUUAGGUGAUAAGAAAGGACACAAAAAAAGAAAGCAUAAAGGAAUAAAAAUGGUGCCACCCAGUAAACCCGAAGUUACUCGUUUAUCGGACAAUUCUGUAAUGGUGAGAUGGAAUGUCCCACAGAAUGAUGGUCUGCCAAUAAUAUUUUUUCGUGUUCAGUAUAAGGAAGUGGGGAAAAAGGGAAAUGUCUGGAUAACAAUUGAUGAAGACAUAGCUUCUCAUCUUCAUGCUCAUGCAGUGAGUGGACUGAAAACUGGUGGACGAUAUAGAUUUAGAAUUGCAGCUGUUUAUGCUAAUCAAGAUAAUAAAAUGGGUCCCAGCUCUGCAAAAUUUAUUCUUCAUAAAGAUCCUCCAGUAAAAAAACCAGAAUCGGGACCGACAAUAACGGAGGCCGAAGCAGUCAGUCAGUCGGCCAUUAUGUUACACUGGAAAUACGAAGAAGUUGAUUCGAUUCCAGUUGAAGGCUUUUUUAUUUAUUAUCGAGCCACACACAGUGCCGGAGAAUAUUCACAAGUCAUCGUAUUGGGUUCAAACACACAAUCGCACAUUUUAUCUCAUUUGCUUCCAGAAACUCCAUAUGAUAUUAAAAUGCAGUGUUUUAACAUUUACGGAACAUCUGAUUUCUCCAAUAUCUAUACAUGCAAAACAUUACCAUCCCAGAUUACAGAUGUCAACAAUUAUCAUAACAAACCACAACAAGAUAGGUCAACAACUAAUGACGGAAGCAAAAGUGUAGCUACAAAAUCUGUGGAAAGUAGCAAACUCAUAUACAUCAUUCUUGGAAGUGUUUUGGGAAUAAUGCUGUUGGUCUUGCUGAUCUUCAUGGUGUUAUGUAUUCAGAAACAACAGAGACAAAGGAGACAUUUACAAACAAAUCAAACUACUUUAGAACUCCAAGUGAAACCCGACACUAACGGUCACAUACCUUCAACCAAUGGAUUUUUGAAAGGAAAAGAGAAAGUUAAUAUUAGUGUUAAUCCAUUAAAUGAAUAUUUGAAAGAUGAUGAUCCUAAACUUAGCCAGACAGCCAAAAUUUCUAGUAACAAUAAUGAAAUGAUUCCACUUAACAAUCUAGAAAGAAAUGACAGACAAGGUAUGAAUUUUAAAAUUAUUGCUUUACACAGGAUAGUUACAGUUAUUUCUUUAUUUUUUACAUACAAAUUAUGUCUCAGAUUAUUUAAAGCAUGAUCUGCUAGUGCAAUUGCAUGCAAAAUUUACUAUAAGUUUUUAUGAAAAGGAAAAGUUGUUUAAUAAAUUCUAUACAGAUGAUAAGUAUGGUAAUAAUCUAUCAGCCAAAUGUUGUGAUGCAUACACCUUUGUUCUAAAAACAAAAAUCAUGGUUAUUAGUGAAGGCAAUCCAAUGAUAAUUUUUAUUAUUUGUUUGAUAUCAUCCAUAAUGUAUAAAAAACCACACACAUUUGUAUGUGCUUAAAUAUUUCCAACUAAAUAGGUUGCAUUGAAACCUAUUAUACAAUUUUUUGACAAUUCAGAAAUCAGUGUGCAAGGAUAUUAAGUUGGGAAUGUUGAUCAUGCAUCACAAUAAUUGAAUAUGUUGUAGAGUGAUAUAGCAGAAAAAAUAAUUCAAUUACAGGUUAUUAAAUGUUAUAAAUGUGUAUUGGAAGUUGUCAGUUUCUGUUUAAAAGAAACUCAACAUCACUGUGAUGGUGGAAAAUACACAGUAUGUGCUAGGUUGCUGAACUGAAGCCAGUGUAAUAAGCUACUGGAGAUUGGCUAUAUACCGUUGAUUUCACAUAGUCCACACACAAAAAAAAAAUCCAAGGAAUUUGUAUCAUGUAAUGACCCAUUAUGGCUACAUUAAUUGUCAUUGAAUGUGGCAAAAUAUUGUCUUGCUGGAAGAUUACACUCUUCAUGUCCCCAUGUAGUGUCCUCCAUGAAAAUGAAUAGCCUGCACAUUUUAUUACAACUCAUUCCACACCACACGGUUUUCAGGCUUGCGUGAUAGCAUUGGGUGUGUUCAUUCUCUCAGAGAAAACCCACUGAUUGUUGUUUCCUCUGUCACAUACAUAAUGUGCUGUGGAAACAUCUUCAUGUAUUGACACAUACACUUCCUCCUGAUGUGUGAGGCAAAAUCAGACUGACUUGCAGGAAAUUCUAAUAACCUUUCAUAAUGGAGUAUAGUAACACUCUUAAACUUGUCAGAACUCUCCCUAGACAUGAGUAAUACUCUUCCAUUUUAUAUACCACACCAAAAUUGACAACCUUUCAACACAAAGUAAUCAAUUACAGGCUACUAAACAUUCCAAAUGGAUCACACAGUAUAUUUUACAGAAAAUAUUUGAGUCAAAUAUAAAAUUAUAGCAUAGCUAGCUGCGUGUAUAAAAAAUGUAAUGAUGAUUACGUACUGCACAUAUUAUAUCUCUAGUAUUAAAUUCCUCCCAUGAAACUAAUGCAAACUUCAGAAAAAUAAUAUUAAUUCUAGUGUUUUUGUAUCUUAACCAAUGUCCACAAAUUAUGUGGGUAAUCCCAAAAGUAAGGUCUCCUAUUUUUUAAAAAUAGGAAGAAAUGUUUAUUUUCAAUAAUGUUCAUAUCAUUUUAAAGCUUGAACAUUUAUCUAUUUUUCUACAUAAUCGCCAUUUUGGUUGAUGCAUUUUUGUAGGCACUGUAACAGAUUUUGUAUGCCCAUGUCAUACCAGCUCGCCACCAUGUCACGGGACCCAUCUUGCGCACACCUUCCGAUAUUGCAACUUUUCUGUUAAAAUCCUAUGAAUGGUGCUUCAGGAAACUCCAAGAACCAAAAUGCAGAGAUCAUCCAGAGUGAUUCCCCGAUCUUCACACAUGGUUUGCUCAACCUUUGCGACUGUCUCCCACUUCUUUCUUUAUCAUGAAUUUCAGUACGAUGUGCUGCAAACUCCCUACACCACUUGAGUACGUUUUUGACAUCUAUGCAUGACAUGCCAUACAUUUCGUCAAUUAGUGAUGAAUUUCAAUCGGUUUAACACGACACAGCGGCAAGCUGGUGAC